ACAAAAUAACAGAUUAAAUUGUUAAACAAAUUCCAAGUCCCUAAUCUAUCAAAAAAAGUUUCCUUGCCAGGUAAAAAAGAGUUUAAAUAAAGGGGCUUAAGUGGGCUAAGUUCGUUUUUUCAUCGGUAUGGCACGCUGAAAAGGCGCCAUUCUUAAGAAGCGUCACUCCAUUUUUUUUAAACUCCUAAAUAAUUACUGCUCGACGUCAUAAUGCAGCGCCACAGGGAAUUAUAUAAACAGCAAUCACUUGCUUUCAGCCCACACAAUUUCAAUGAGCAGAACCGGGAACUACAGAAUGCGGCGCUUGCAAAACAGCGCGAGGAUCGUUUUCAAAGCAACCGCAUUAUUAGUGUUAGUCCAACUCCCGUCAAGCGUGCGGCACCUAUACCGCCCUCAGAGGAGGCGCAGCCACGCCUUACCUAUGUCGCUCCUCCUAAGGAGAAUCGAAAACCAGAGCUGCCUCAGCAGCAGAGGAACCCCACCCGGGACCUUUACAUAAAGCGCUUCGUGGAUUGGAAGGCUGCCAGGAAGGAACAAACAAAGAACGAGCAAAUUGCUCGUCGUGGUCAAAAGAUGUUCACAUAUAAAACCGAAACACUUAAACCUGCGACAAACCCCCAGAAAGAGCAGGAGAACGCUCCGGCAUUUGUGCCGCCAAAAAGCCUUUGGCAACCCAAUUGCGUACCCAGGGUCAUCCAUCCAGAUUGCGCACUCAGCCUGCGGCAACCAUGGCAAAGCUGCAACAUGCAACGUCGCGUCCUCAACCGGUCACUGUGAAGACCCAAACAUCAAA